AAAAAACAUUCACAUCACCAUCAUCAUCAUCAUCAUCAUCAUCAUUGUAAAAAACAUCAACAACAAAAUGUCAUUAAUAUUGAUAGCAAUAUUGUUCAUGUUGAAAAUUCGAUCAUACCAAUGGCCAUGAAUGAUUCAUUUGUCGUUGGUCAAGAAUCAACGGAUGUUCAACAACAACAGCAAUUAGAGCCAAUACUACCAUGCAGAUUAUCGACCAAUAUGGAUACUACAGCACCGCCUUCUGAUCUUUUGGAACAUUCAUUAGAUCCUAUAAUGAAUACUAAUAAUGGUUCUACUUUUGCAUCUGCCAUUUUGGAACAACCUCAACAACAACAACAACAACAACCACAUACUCAUCUUCAAGUGGUUGACAUAAUAAAAAGCAAUAAUAAUAUUGAUAAUAGCCAACAAAAUUUGAAUCAAAAUGGUGAUAUUCAAACACCAGAUACAGUUCCGACAAUAAUAACGAAUUCUAAUCCGACCAAAGCUCGAAAUGCAUUACGUUUGAAAUUAUCAAAAUCAAAUAAAUCAUCAAGUCAAUAUAAAAUACCGAAAAUUAUCAGUCCUGAACAAUCCGUUGCCUUAUGUUCAUCAUCAUCAUCAUCAUCAUUAUCAUCCAAAUCGCCAAAUCAACCUAUCAUUGAACAGUCGACAAUGGAAUCGUUGAAACAAUCAUCACAUUCGAUGACUACAAUGAAAAAUUUAAAUUCUUCAACAUCCACAAUAAAUCAAAUGAACAUCAGUACUAAAUCAUCAACAUCUUCGUCGGCUAAAAAAGAUGAAAAAUCGCAUUUAAAACAAUUAUUAACAUAUCUAUGGAAACAAUUACAGCGAAAAGAUCAACAAAAUUUUUUCGCUCAACCAGUUUCCGAUUCAAUAGCACCCGGUUAUUCAGCGAUAAUUGCCCAUCCAAUGGAUUUAGGUACAAUCAAAUCAAAAAUUGCCGUUGAAUAUCGUACAUUGGGUGAUUUUAAAGCUGAUGUUAAAUUAAUGUGCGAUAAUGCAACUAAAUAUAAUCGACCAGAAACAAUUUAUUAUAAAGCGGCCAAUAAACUGUGGCAUUAUACAAAAAAUAAAUUAUUCAAAAAAGAUUCGGUUCUUGAUUAUUCGAAAAAAUAUCCAAAAUUAACACCAUUAGAACUAAGUUUAAUGCCAUCAAAUCAAGUAAUGAUGGGCUUGAAUUUGGCAUCCAAUCAAUCCAAUAUAUCAACACAAAACAAUUCGAAUCAACAAUUUGGAUUAUUAAGCAUUAAUGUCGGUAAUUUGGACAUAGAUACAUCAUUUCAAAGUUUUCAUUCAAAAACAACAACAUCAAGUCCUAAUGGUUCCAAAUCAAACUUUUUUGAUUCAUCAUCUAUUGCCUCUCCAGCGAUGGCGAUCAAUAAUUUCAUAUCACCAAACAAUUGGACGAGCCAAGUAUCGAAUAUUAAUAAAGAUACGAAUUUGAUAUCACCGAACAAUAAUCUUAAUAAUAAUAUCUCAUCAAUAUCAUCAUCAUCAUCAUCAUUAGCGAAUGGUGGUGGUCAUCCUGUUAAUGUAAAUAAUGCAGCUGCCAUUACUAUUGGAAAUGGUGGUUAUCAACAAUUUCGUUCGAUUUCUCCAUCUUCGUUUGGAUAUACUAGCUUCAAUGGAUCAAUGUUUCAAUCAAAUACAUCAUUUAACAGUGAUUGUAAUAAAAAUUUCGGUUCACAUGAUUCAAAUUUUCUUGUUGGUCAUUUAAAAUCAUCGACAAUCACAUCGAACAAAUCACGACGAGAUCCAAAUGAAGAACUUUUUGAUGGUCAUACAGCUUCAGAAUUGAUUGAAAGUGUUCAACAAGCGGCUCUUCAAGCCCGAGAACGUUUACAAUCUAGUCGUCGACCAACAUAUCUUUCUUAUUUGGAAGAAACCAAUGAUGAAGGUCUAGUUCUUUGUUCAAUCAUUGAUAAUCUAUCGCCAAAUACAAUGACAACGAUAUCAAAAAAUCUAAAUAGCCAUAAUAAUAAUCAACCGGGAUCACGAAUAAUAAAACCUCUAACUUUUGAUUAUAUAUAUCGACCAACCGAAUCUGGUAGAAUUGAUGUCAGUGUUUUAACAUCAAAUUCUAGUAUACUAUCAACAAAUACGACGAUCAAUACCAGUUCAUUGAAUUUAUCUCAUACUACAUUAACGACAGCAUCUAAUUCGAUUACAACUUCUGUCCCUAUUACUACGGCGGCAGCUAUAGAAACUUCUUUUGAUAUCAAUGAUAAUGAUUCCAAGGACGAAACCGGUCAAUCCAUGAAGACAACAACAACGACGACGACGACUAAAACGGCUGAUCAUCAAGCGAAUGGCAUAAACAAUGCAAUUGAUAAUGAAAAGAAAGACGAUUCCACAAAAUCAUCUGUUGAUAAUAAAUUAAAUGAAAUCGAAGAAAAAGAAAAAUUUUUGAAAGAAUUGAUUGAAGAAUUACAGCCAUGCUAUGGUAGUGAAGAAUUCGGUCUCGAUUAUGCAUUAUCGAUUGCCAAAUUUGCACGAAAUUCUGAAUAUACAUUUAGUUUGGUCACAUCAUUAUUAUCAGUAUUAACUGAUAAUAAACAUCGUAUCUUUUCCAGUAAAUUUCAUCGAUUAAUGCAAGAACAAUUUGAUGGCGUUCUACCACAAACAAAUUCUACUUAUUCCAAUACACCAAAUGGAAAACUUGAAACUACCACUCCAUCAUCAUCAUCUUAACCCUUUAGUACACGCACAUAAAUUUUGCAAACGAAACCUUCAAUAACCAUGUUGUACAUUCAUAAUGCUGGGUUAUAGAUAAAAAAAACACAGUCAUUUCUUGAUUUCCAUUGACCGGUCCACUUUUUGUUUUUACGAUUUGAUCUCUUAUUCAUGUUCGCUCAUUAUCAUCAUUAUUUUUAUUAUUAUU